UAUAGGCAAACGUGCCGCUCUCGGAGUAUUCGGUUGUCCUUCCUUCCUAGUGAUGGCUGUACCGGCGGUGGUUGCGUUCGGUGCUCUGUGCCUCGUCAUCUCCGUGCCGGCAGUGCUGGCUGAUGACUGCUUACCAUACUUUGGCUCUGAUUUCCGGUUCCACUCGCGACAGACAUGCAUAUUGUCCACUUGCAGCGGGACUUGUCUGAACAGAUACUGUAAUGUGCCGCUUAUAAAUCCGUUGGAUCAAACACAACUAUUGUGUGUGAUGAACAACCUUUACCUGGUGAUUGCAGUGGGCCUUGCAGUCAUCUUGGGGAUAAUUGCAUCGAUCGUCGCUUGCGUGUGCAAAUGCUUCUGUUUUUCUUUCCAGUUGUGCCCUCAGACUCAACGUGCUACCAGAGUUCAGAUCACCAACGUUGCAACCCAACCAGCUGCAGCUCCAGUGGUUUAUCCCCCAGUAGUGAGUAAUGUUGGUUACCAGCCACUCCCAAGCGCACCGGCAUAUGCCUCUGCCAUAAACAUGGACAGUCUCCCACCGUCAUAUCAAAGCCAGUUUAAAGCGUACAACUAAGUGUCCUGUCUUGGAUAACUUGACUGUGGGAUGUCCUUAAAAUUGAACCACCGUCUCAAUGCCUACCAUCAGAUAUUUCACUAGUGUGAUAAAAGUGCAAAACUGCUAGCAUUCUUUAAUAUAAAUCUUGCAUG